AUUGCCCUAUCUUCAAGAGCCACACUUAUUGCCAUCAACGAGGCGGUCAUCAGAUCUCUGUUGCGCCCUCUCUCGAGUUCACAUUCUCCUAUACUUCGAUUUUCAGGGGGGGAAAUUGUGCUUUAUUAAAUUCCGAAUUUUUCAUCUCUCAGCUUUUUCGAUACUGUGUUGAACCCUAAAUUUAUGGGGUUUCUCCUCUCUGUGUGAAUUCGGAGCUGUGGAAUCUACGCUGUUAUACCUCAAGUUCAUUUCUUUCUUUCUGGAUUGAAAAACCCUUGUCUCGUGGCUGUACAUCUCUUGAAUUCGGCCAAUUCUGGCUACGCUUUUUGGCUUCUCGCUAUUGAUUAUCGUUAAAGUUCAAUCCUUUUUCUUUGUCUGAUUCCUUCUGCCGUGUUCUUACCGAUCAAUUCUCCAACAGCUUCUGGUGAUUCGCAUGAACGUUUGAAUACCUAAGAAAAAUGUCCGUGGAGAGGUCGUUUGAAGCCUGGGAAGAGGUUCAGCGGCAUGGGCAAGACCUGGCUGACAGACUUGCUCAGGGCUUCACGGGUUUGAUUCAAAUCAACCCACCUUCGUUUCCAUGGCCGAAUCCGCCGAAAGCGAAGCUAUUCGAUCUCGAGUUUCCGGGUCACCAUUUCGGGGUUAUGGAUCCGGGGUUUGCUAUGGAACAGUCCAUCAAUGGCGUCUCAGCAAUCCUCGACAUCGGGAACAGGAUCGGUCAAGCUGGGGUUGAUUUCGGCGCGGGAUUGAACGUGAUGGUUCAGCAAUUCUUCAGGAGAUUGCCUGUGCCGUUCCGACACGAGGAGAACUCGCCUGUUUCUACGCCGGAAGAUCGGAAUAUUGAGAACCAGAGGGCUUAUUUGGACAUGAGUAUGAACACAAAAGAAGACUUGGGUUUGGCUGCGGAACGGUUGAGAGAUUCAGGUUUUACGAAGACAGGCUCUGUUUCUGUCGCAGUGACUGAAGAGGAAGUUCCUGAGUUCAAUUUAAGGACUGCCGGAUUGCUCGGGAGGCCGAAGGGAAUGGUUGAUAUGAUGUCAAGUUAUGACAGUAGGACAAAUGAUAUGGAACAUUCACUGGUGGCCAAGGGAGAUCUCUGGAGAGUGGAAGCUUCGACUUCGAGUUCCACUGCAAGAGACGAUAGUUCAUCCCUCUUUCUUCUCCAGCUCGGACCGCUUCUCUUUCUCCGUGAUUCAACUCUUCUUUUACCCGUUCAUUUAUCAAAGCAACACCUGCUCUGGUAUGGAUACGACAGAAAGAGAGGUAUGCAUUCACUCUGUCCGGCCAUUUGGUCAAAGCAUCGGAGGUGGCUCAUGAUGUCAAUGCUCUGCCUCAAUCCUUUAGCUUGUUCCUUUGUAGACUUGCAGUUCCCGAAUGGGCAAUUGACGUAUGUAUCUGGCGAGGGAUUGACGACGAGUGCCUUUCUACCUUUCUGCGGUGGCCUCCUUCAAGUACAAGGUCAAUAUCCGGGAGAUAUGAGAUUUAGUUUUUCGUGUAAGAACAAAUGGGGAACAAAUAUCACGCCGAUGGUAUAUUGGCCGGACAAAUCAUUUGCGUUUAACCUUUCUCAAGCCUUGGCAUGGCGGAGAUCCGGGCUGAUGAUGAAACCCACAGUUCAACUAAGCGUAUGUCCCACAUUUGGUGGAAGCAAUCCCGGGAUGGUGGCAGAAGUUAUUCACUCAUUGAACGAUGAUCUGAAUCUGAUAUGUGGAUGUACCCUCACAGCAAAUCCUUCAGCAUUUGCAUCUGUCUCGUUUGGGAGGUCCAAGUGGAAUGGUAACAUCGGACGGACAGGAGUUGUCCUUAGAGCCGAAACUCCUCUUGCAAGCGUUGGCCGUUCUUCGUUUUCCGUCCAGCUUAAUAACGCCUUCGAGUUCUGAAUGUAUGUAUAUAUAUGUAGAUAGAGACAUAUAUACACACACACAGAGCUUGGUGAUGUUCAUAUGGUUUUGGAUCUUUUUUUGCUGCAGGGUAUUUGUGUAUAAUUAACUCUGUAGCCCACAAACACUUGGAUGAAUUACAGACUCUGUUCUGUUGAAUUCCGACCGCUUUUAAGCAUAUGAUCUCUUAGUGUCGUCUCUCUGUUCUGUUGUUUUCGGACGAAUAUGUAAUCUUCGCAGUCAAUCCAACAGGUAACAGCUUUCCCGAUGAA